AUGAAAGCAGUUCAGAUGCAGAGAAGAUUGAGAAAACUGUGCCUCAUGCAAAUCCAAUGUGGAGCUCAACACCCUGCUCAAUAUGAAUCUGGUGUUUGGGGCGAUCCUGAGAAGAAAUAUGAUGCUGGUAAAUCUGGUGAUGAACUUCCUGAAUGGGAGGGCCCUGACAAGGAGGAUUUAUUCUCUAAGUGCCACACAGCAAUGGUUCAUGAUGUUGCUGAAACACCAAGAAUUCUGGAUUCAACAUAUUUGGAAGAAUUGGAGCAAAUAGCAUUCUACCUAACAACCUUGACAAAACCUAAGGACAUGGCCUUCAAGGAUUGUUACCAUUUCCAGCAGAAAGCAACCAAGUUUGUUGUUGAAGAUGAUCUGCUAUUUUGA